UGUUCUCUUUUCUGCUGCUGUGGCACCAAUCUUAAAACAGCUUUCCAUAUACGAUGGCUGGACCUCACCUCCGCCAAACUUCAAUUGGUAAAUCGAAAGAAAGUUAUAUCGUAUAUACAUAGUACACAUAGGGAAAGCUCGGGUAAGGUUUUACCUCCACUCUUUCCCGUUCAUCCUCGACCUCGAAUAAAGUCUCAAACCCACUUUAUUCUUUUUAGUCCUACCUAUACCUAUGCAAAAUAGGGCAAGCUGGGCAAGUUACACCGGUGAUAUACUUUAACUAGUUUAGCACUGUCUGGAUACUACCUAACCUAGAGGUACCUAAUGUAAGCUUAAUGCAAAAUCCAGCUUCCCUCUUUCCGCGCGUGGGAUGAUAUGACCAAUAUGACAUUUCGCAUUUUGCAACUACGUAACGAAAGCAGGGAAAGCAGGGAUAAUAAAUCGCUUAUGCCUCUAGACCCCGAUAAUGUCCAUGAUAUCCACAAUGUCCACCAUAGUCACCAUUCACAGUCCUUCCCAUUACGACCCAUAAACAUCAAUACUUCUACUGGUCGCUCCGCUUUACCCGUUGAUGUCUCAAACCCCACGUCGCCAACCUCUCCUCAUGGUACAAAUAGUGCUGCCUUCUUAUCAAGUUCGACAGAAACUUCUCCUAUUAGAAGUCCUCGAUCCCCCUCCAGCACGAGCCAUGACUCCGAACCUAUCCGACUCCACCCCAGCUCUAGUCGUGGAUCAAGGAUCAUGUCGAAAGCUCCCCUCUUGAUCCGUUCCUCACCCGGCUUUGGUACGGGUUCUUAUGGAGCUGCCCCUAUUCAUCCCGAAGUCAGGGAUUCCGACAGCGACGGUGAAGAUCCGGAGCUACCCAGGAGACGAAGCAACUCAGAAAGUUAUUGUUCCGGACCGCGGCAUUCUACCGAUGCCUACCGCUCGACAGGUUUCCAUGGGAGGACAUCGUCUCUAAGCCGCCGUAGAAGAAAGAGCCAGCCUGAAGAGAUUGGAGGGUCAACGGUGGUCGGUGGUCUCGAGGGUCGAUUUGGUGUUAGUGAUACGGCUGUAACGAACGGUAUAGCUCCAGAUGCCAAGUCAGAUAGCUCCACCGUAGACAACGAAGACGGUUCUGACGAUGCGAACGAAGGAGACGAUAUAGACCCUCCUGACAAUUCACCUUAUGCUCAAGUCCGCGCCUCAGUUUCACCUACCGAUAAUACAUCCCUAUCUAUAAAUACUCCUCGCAUGUGGACAUUAUCCACAUUAUUCUCUAUACUUGGUUCUUCUACAAACCUCUUCUUUUCCUUGAGAUACCCUAGCGUUGCAAUUACACCCGUUAUAGCGUUGCUUCUUGUUCAUCCACUUGGUCUUUUAUGGGACUACGUUUUGAAACGAUCAGACGAUCCGCCGGAAGAGUUUGAGGCUGGCGUACGGAUAUCUGGCCUGACCUCAAAUGGAGGCAGUCAAGCACCAGAAACCCAUAAGGAGAGAACCCGCGCUGGGCGCCUUCGCUUAUGGCUUGCCCAGGGGACUUGGAAUGAAAAGGAACAUAGUUGCGUCUAUGUGAGCAGCAAUGUCUCCUUUGGGUUUGCAUUUGCGACAGACGUUAUCGUUGAGCAAACUCAAUUUUAUAAACAGGAUGUAGGCAUCGUUUACCAACUACUGCUUACCCUAUCGACCCAGAUUCUAGGCUAUACAUUCGCAGGCCUAGCGAGACGAUUCUUGGUACGUCCGGCUGGAAUGAUCUGGCCUGGUACGUUAAUGUCUGCUGCAAUGUUCACCACGUUACAUAAAGAAGAGAACAAGCCCGCAAACGGAUGGACUGUAAGUAGGUGGAAAUUCUUCUUCACCGUCUGGAUAGCCGGGUUUAUCUUCUACUUCCUUCCCGGGCUACUGAUGCCGGCACUCAGUUAUUUCAACGUGAUUACGUGGUUUGCCCCAGACAACGUUGUAGUGGCGAACCUAUUUGGAGUCGUUUCCGGCUUGGGCCUGUUUCCGCUCACCUUUGACUGGGCACAGAUUGCAUACAUCGGGUCGCCUCUUCUAACGCCCUUCUGGGCCGCUAUGAAUGUCAUCGGCGGUUUGGUAAUAGUAAUGUGGGUUAUUGCUCCAAUUGCGUAUUAUUGCAAUCUAUUCUACUCGUCUUAUAUGCCGAUUCUCUCAGCGUCGGUCUUUGAUAAUACUGGAAAGAUAUACGAUGUCAGCAGGAUCUUAACCAAAGAUUUUUACUUUGAUAGAGAAGCCUACUCAAACUAUAGUCGAGUAUUCUUACCAAUCACCUAUGUCCUUAGUUAUGGACUUCAGUUUGCCGGGCUCGCAUCGCUCUUGACGCAUACGGCUUGCUGGCACGGCAAAGAUAUUUAUGUACAAUGGAAGCGUUCUUUGCAAGAAGUAGGAGAUGAAAGUAAACCAGCGUACCAACCGCUUGAGCGCGAUAUCAACGAGGGUGCUACUAAUGAAGAUCAGCCUAGCACCACCAGGACCAGCUCCACGUUCGAUGAUAUUUUGAGUCACGAAGACGUUCAUAAUCGCCUUAUGAGGAGAUAUAAGGAUGCUCCGAUAACGUGGUAUUUGCUGACGUUCGUAUCGAUGACAGCGAUAGGUAUCUUCAUCGUCGAAUACUAUCCGAUUCAUUUGCCAUGGUAUGGGCUUCUGCUCGCUCUCGGAAUAUGUGCGGUCUUGUUUAUACCGAUCGGCAUUGUUAUGGCCGUAACGAAUCAACAUAGCAGCAUAUAUCUAAUCUGUCAGCUCAUAUGCGGUGUCAUUUUCCCCGGCAGGCCCGUUGCUAACAUGGUCUUUGUGACCUAUGGCUAUAUUUCGUCUGCCCAGGGUAUUAAAUUCGCAGCAGAUUUGAAACUGGGACACUACAUGAAGAUCCCACCGAGACUUUUAUUCUCGGUACAGAUGGUCGCGACAAUUGUCUCGUCAAUCACGCAAAUCCUAGUCCUAAACUGGAUGUUUCGUAACGUACCAGGGAUUUGUACACCUUCAGCCAUCAACGGCUUUACUUGUCCGAUCGCUCGUGUCCACUUCAACGGGUCUAUCCUAUGGGGCGUUGUCGGGCCAGCCGAGUUCUUCGGACCUACUGCAACUUACCGCCCUCUGGUGUGGUGCUUUCUUAUCGGAGCCAUCGCCCCGAUCCCGCUGUGGUUAUACGGGCGCAAUAAAAAGUCGAGCAUCGUCCGAAAGAUCAACUUGCCCGUCCUCUUCGGGUCUCUCAGCUGGAUCCCGCCGGCGACCGGUCUCAACUUCUCGGUCUGGGCCGUGGUAUGCUACAUAUUCAACUACCUGAUCAAGAAUAGGGCGUCGGCGUGGUGGGCCAAAUACACCAUGACCCUCAGCGCGGCGCUGGACUCGGGCCUGGCGUUCGGCAUCGUGAUCGUCUUCUUCGGAUUCAUAUAUCCGGGCUGGAUGGAAGGGUUCAGGUGGUGGGGGACGGACGUCUAUAAGCAGGGCUGCGACUGGCAGGCUUGCUCGUAUAAUACGGUGCCUAACGGUAGUCAUUUCGGUCCAGAUAAAUGGUAGAUUACGAUGUGAUGUAGAUUCCAAUCAUUGCGCAAGACAUGAGUAUAUGUAUGAAUGGAUUAGGUUAGGUAGGUUAAGGUACCUAUGGAUGGGUGGAUGGAUGGGAUUGGCAUAGGCAUAGGCAUAGGCAUCUAUGUGCCACAUAGAAAUCUAAAGCUCGCUUCAGAGUACCUAGAAGCUAGAAUAAGAAGACCAGAUUCGAACACCA